CUCUUGUUUAUACAGCACACUUUAAUUCACUUACACACAAAAUGGCAGAUCCACAAGGAGGUGAACUGGAAGAAAAACCUCCACCAUCGAGGACAGAGCGAAUUACCUAUUUAGUACUUCAUGUGCUGCUUCAUGUCAUAUUCAUAUCUUACUUUACGGCAGCCACAAUCAUUUUCAUCUUGUACGACAAGGAAUCCAAAGACUGCUGGCCCAAUAGGGGAGCCACUACCCAAUCGAUAGCUAACUUAACUGAGGACGAUGAUGAUGAUGAUGAAGAAGAAUUUUCAGAAAAGACCGUGCCAGAAGUAAAACCAAAAAUAUUGUGUAAAAUUAACUGGUGCCACGGAUACGGGUUCCUCAUCGUCAUGUUCAUUUUAUUUUAUAUUUUAUGGCUGUACUACUGGGUAUUUAAGCCAUUCGUGGGCAUCAAGCUGUAUAAUAACUACCUGGAACCAGCCAUUGACAGAUGGAUUGAAUUCAGUCGCCAGUGGGUAGUGUCCGGCGUAAUGCUAGGGAUUGUGGUCGCUGUGGCGGUGGCCUACCUCGGUUACGAGUGCCGCAAUGAUGCGUUCAAGGCAGUCGGACUGCUGGGACCCGUGUGCUUCGUCCUGAUCGGAUUCGCAGUGUCCAAGCACCACAAGAGAGUACCUUGGCGCAUAGUGACGCACGGGCUCCUGGGCCAGCUGCUGUUGGGUAUACUCUGCCUGCGCCUCCCUUUUGGCCGCUCUGUCUUCCAAUGCCUAGGAGACAAGGUGACGAUUUUUCUGCAGUACGCCCGGCACGGAGCCCGCUUUGUAUACGGGGAUCGCAUCUGCGAUGAAUAUGUCUUCGCAUUUGCCAUUCUGGCGGUGGUGUUCUUCUUCAGCGUGAUCACUAGCAUAAUGUAUUACCUUGGCUGGAUGCAGUUCAUACUGAGCGGUUUUGGCUUCUUGUUGCAGGCCAUGGUGGGCACCACUGUUUGCGAAAGUGUAAAUGCAGCGGGUAACGUCUUUCUAAGCAUGACCGAGAGCCCUCUGAUCAUCCGCCCGUACAUUGAAAUACUAACCGUCAGCGAGUUGCACGCUAUAUGCACCUCCGGCUACGCGACAGUGGCGGGUACUGUCCUGGGGGCGUAUGUGUCCUUCGGUGCUUCGGCAGCCUUUCUAAUUGCAGCCAGCGUGAUGGCUGCGCCGGGAUCCCUUGCUUUCGCCAAGCUGUUCUACCCCGAGACCGAGGAAUCUCUGACCAGGUCCGACAACAUUAGGCUGGAAAGAUCGACGGAUACGUCUAUUUUGGAUGCGGCAGCCGCGGGAGCUGCGGCAGCCUUGUUGAUUGUGCUCGGAAUCGUCUCAAAUAUCAUUGCCUUCCUAGCCAUUGUGUUUUUCCUAGACGCUGUAACGGAGUGGAUUUUUGAGUUACUUGGACUGCAAAACAUUACCCUGCUAUACCUUCUCUCCCAGAUCUUUAUUCCCAUUGUCUUCGUUAUGGGAGUGCCGUGGAAAGACUGUGAAGAAAUUGGCCUGGUGGUGGCCCAAAAAUCGUUCAUCAACGAGUUUGUAGCCUAUAAGAACCUAGGCUUAUUGAUGAACGAUAAAAAGGUUGAACCGCGGAGCGCUGCCAUUGCCAAUUUUGCUCUUUGCGGGUUUGCCAAUCCCGGAUCCCUGGGCAUUGUCAUCGCUUCGCUAAGUGCAAUGGCGCCGACGCGACGAACAGACAUCACCAGGGUAGCUGUUCGAUCUUAUUUCGCAGGCAGUUUUGUUAGCUUUACAUCGGCUUCGUUUGCAGGGAUUCUCAUUCAAAAUGAGUUUGCGGACAGUAAUUAAUUGCU